GGUAUGAAUCUCCUUGCCUAAACGACGGGCUUCCUUCUCUGUACAUCAAGGUGACCAACACUAAAUUGAGGAUCUUCACAAUUUGGAACCUGGAGAAAUUUGAAUUCAAGCUGAUUUCUAUGCGGGAAUUAUAUCAGGGAGUGUACGAGGGAAGCGGAGAUCAACUUUUCUAUGACCCCAGUGACUCCUGGGAUGCAGAUGGAGCAUGCCAGUCUCCUCGAAGGCGCCGAAGCUCUUUGACAAGGAGAUAUUCAGAUAGCUGCUGGGACAAAGCUUUUCGUGAUGUAGGAUCUCUCGUUGAGCCUGGAUGUGCUGCCGCUUGUAAGCAUCUCAUUUCUACUGCCUUGGAGGGACUUGAGGUGACAUCUGGCACCAGGCAUCUCCUGGAUAAACUGCUUCUGGAUCUUUGCACCAUAGUGGACUCCGUGAAGACUAUCGCAGACUCCUACAGAGACCUACGCAGGAUCUCACACGGAGCACCGGAGAAAGUUCCAGAUCCUAGCAUCUACUUGUCAGCUGCGACCAGCGUGUACAGCAUGGUGACGACGCUCCAGAUCUGCCAGAUGUUGAUCACGGAUGUCUGUGUACAAAAGACCCAUUUAAAAAUCCUUUCCUCUGAAGUGAAGAUGCUUGGGGGAAGCCUGGCAUUACUGAUUCAUGGAGCUGCUGCCUAUCCCAGCAACAUCAGGUACAAGGCAGGAAUAGGCACUGAAAAGUAUGCCAGCCAAUCACAGGGCACACUUAGGAGGCCCGAGGACUUAUUUGAAGCGGUUCACCAAGAGCGGCUGCACCCUAAUUUCACCUCACCCUUUACGCUGUGUUGCCGGCGUCUGCCACAGUGA